UAUCUACCGAGUGACCUCAGUGAACCAGCUUCCCGGUACUGUCACUUAAAUUCAGGGCCACACUUGGUAACGGCUCAGGAAGCCGAGUUAAAACCACACAGAAGAGCGCUGGACUCUCUGUGCUAACACACCCGGGGAGCCCACCAUGCUGUUACUAGUCAAGGUCAUCCUCACCCUGUGGGUCUCCUGGGCUCGUGGACAAGAAAUAACAUGUGAUCCUCCGACAAUUCCAAACGGUGACUUUGCUCCUAAAAUGAACCAGUACGAACUUGAUGAUGUCAUCACAUACCAGUGUGGAAAUGGCUUCUAUCCUCCCCUCCUGGGAAAUACAACAAAAUGCUCUCUUGUAGGCUGGCUGCCUCGUCCCAGAUGUGUCCUGAAGCCCUGCGGAUUUCCGGAAAUAAAACAUGGACGGCUGCUUCAUUCGGGUACAUCUAAAUACUUUCCGGUAUAUGUAGGGCGAUCGUUACUCUACUUCUGUGACUACGGCUACGAGCCUCCUUCUCAAACUAGCCUGGCUAUCAUGAAUUGCACACAGGAUGGAUGGUCGCCGGAAAUCCCCUGCCUCAGAAAAUGUUCUUUCAAGUCUUUGCUACAUGGAUAUUCUCCAGCUACUGAAGAAAGCUAUGUCCAGGGCCAAUCUAGGACAGUUAUGUGCCGUCUGGGCUACGGUCUUCAAAACCCACAGAACAGGAUGACCUGUACGGAGGCCGGCUGGUCCCCUCCUCCCAUAUGCAUCCCCGUCAAACAUUGUGACAUGCCCAUAUUUGAGAAUGCCAGAGCCGUAAUCACCGGAAAACCAUUUCGACCCAAUGACACGUUGGACUACCAAUGCCUGGAUGGCUACGAAAACAGAGAUGGAAGCACCAAGGGCUCCAUGGUGUGUGGUGAGGACGGCUGGACCCACUUGCCAACCUGCUUUAAAUCUGCAGACAAGUGUGGGCCUCCUCCAGCGAUUAGCAAUGGAGACAUCACCUCCUUCCCAUUGAAAGAGUAUCCUCCUUGGUCAAGAGUUCAAUACCAAUGCCAGGCCUACUAUGAACUCCGGGGUCCUACAGAUGUCACCUGUAGUUAUGGAAAGUGGUCCAAACCCCCGAGAUGCAUAGAUCCAUGUGUAAUAUCAGAAGAAAUCAUGAAUGAAAAGAACAUACAGUUAAAAGGGAAAGAUAACAAACGCUAUUAUGUAAAAACAGGAGAUAUCAUUGAAUUUAUGUGCAAAUCGGGACGCAAGGCCGUGACGUCAGAGGAGUCAUUUCAAGCCAUGUGUCUGGAAGGGACAGUGAAGUUCCCCAGAUGUGAAUGAGGAAGCCCUGUCGCCCCAAAUAUGUGGCCAGUCCCACCUACUGCUCUUUGCUCAAAGCUUGCCAGGCUUCUGGCAUUUCCCGCUCUUUCCCACUAUAUUUCAAAGGACAUAAAGGCAAUGUGUUAGCCUCUUUUUCACUUUAAAGAAAACAAUAUCAUUGCUUACACUUGUACCAAGACAAUAAUUCUUCACCAUCGUAGGAUUAGACUACUUGCCGAUGGAUCAAUAAACAGCA